AUGGCGGCGCCCAAGGCAUGUUAUGAUGUAAUAAGCAUCAAGCGUGCCUUAUAGUGUACGUUUUCGUCACGACAUUAUCUUUAUAUUUAUUUUGUCUGUAUUAAACGGUAUGUUCGUAAAACGUCGCACAAUGAAAUAUGACACCUAAGUGGAUAUAUUUAAUUUUAAGGCUCAUUCUGGAGUUUGUUUAAUUAAAGGGGUAAGGGGAUGAUAGAGUACGUCCUUACUACGGAAAAAGUCUAAACAUAUUAAAACGUAAAUGUGGAGGCUUAAUGACAAAGCCAGGAAGAUAGGAGGGUAAGACAUAAAAGCUGUGAUGGGGUAGCUGAGGAAGAUCUGGGACAGAUAAAAAGGCUGGCGAGGUAUGCAUACACGAAAAAGCCUGCUAAAGAAAGGGGUGAAGGAAAAUUGAGUAGACAUACAUAGUUACCUAAGGUAAACAGGGAGAGGAAGAAAUACCAGUACUAUUGGGAAGUUGGAAGGACAGGAAUCUGCAGAAGACCUAGAAAAGGCAAAAAUAUUGUUGGAGAAAUUACCAUUUUUGUAGAUAGUGAGGUGUGGGAUGGUGUGAAAGUGAAAAAGGAAACAGUGCCAGCAGGAUUUGGUUGUGGAGGGUUGAAAUGUAGAUAUGUGCUAGAUGAGGUAAGGAGGCUAAACUGCAGGCCUGGUGGAAGCAGUUUAUGGCGGGAAAGCAGGUAAAUGCAAUAUUUGUAGACUUCGAUAAGGCUUUUGACAAGGUGUUACACAGGAGGCUGAUGGGAAAAGUGAAGAAUAGCAGGUGGUUAACCGGGUAGCAGACUUCCUUAGGGACCGGAGACAGCGGGGGAAGUGACCUUAGGAGUACCACAGGAAGUGUGAUGGGGCUCCUUUUGUUGGCCAUCAUGAUGAAUAAUGUUGGAAAGGAAACGGGAAGUAAGCUGAGGAUGUUUGCGGCCGAUGGUGUACAAAAUGCAACAGCGAGGGAAGGGAAAUGGCUACAAGAUGAUCUGAACAUGCUAGAGGUAUGGACAUUGAGGAAUGGUAUGGUGCUGAAUAUAGAAGAGACUAGGCAGUCAGGUUCACGAGGAGGAUGGUAGUAAGGGAAGUAUGUUGGAAGGGGCAGGAGAUAAGGGAGACAGAAGAAGGGGGGGAAGCAAGUUCGGAAAGGGGUCAAGCAGGGGAGGAGGGCUUAGGGCUGCUUGGCAGGACACUGAAGUGCACGGGAAGGGAAAGACGUAUUGCACAUUGAUCAGGCCGGUGAUGGAGCGUGCGGUUGUGGUGACGGAGGUGACAGAGCAUGGGCAGCGAGACGGGUCAUGGUUCAUGGGUAUGUGGAGAAGAAAACAGCGAGAGGGGGAGAUGCAUAGGUCACCAAAGACACACCGCAGGGGAGGGGGAUAGGCUGGUGAGGUUGUUUAAGGUGAUCAAAGUGGAGGGGACUGGGGAAGGCUGGGAGAUAGAUCGUACAGAGAUGAGUUCAUAUGGAGAGACCAUGCGUGGAACACACUGAGGGUGUGGAGGCGAGCAGAAAGAGGGAGAUAUUCGUUCCUGGUGAGGACAGGGCGGGAGUGGAAAGGCGUGAAGGAAAAGGGGUUGGAGGUGAGAGGUGUAAAGGGUCUAUGGAGAAAGAUUUAAAAAAAAAAUUGUGGGGGGGAGGCUGAAGUAGUGGGAGGACUCCUUGCCACCGGGUGAAAGCCCAAUUGCAAGUGAAAUUUCAAAUCAACACAAACAUAAUGAUUUUACUUACACAUCUUAAGAUUAAAGUUUAUUUCUUAAUGUAAUAAUGCAGUACAAAUUGUGGAAAAAUUACAUGGUGAUGCCCAAGAUUAGAAUAUCAUGGUUAUGUAUGAUUGAAAAAAUUGUUGAGAGACAAGAACCCUUAAAGAAGAAUUUGGGUACAUCAUGAUGAAAUUUUUAACACUUGUUUGAAAUAAGAAAAUUACAAUAUACAUCUCAUGUAAUAAAACCUACUCCAAUUUCUCUUUUAUACAUAAGAUUUAGAAAAUCGCCUUCAUCCUCAAUCCCCAUCCCUAAAAUCAUAAUUUUGGUGCACACAGAUGUUCAAAAUAGGAAUAUGAAACUCUACAGCUGAUUUAAAAAAAAGCUAUUGUUAUCACUAUAAGUGAAGCCCUUACACUCUGUGUGAAACCCGGGCAAUGGCGGGUACUUCAGCUAGUUAUUUUAAAACAGUUGAGACCAGCACGGCUGUAGCGAAGAGGGGCCUGUAAGUAAUUGUGGCUUCGUUCAGUUGUGGUUCCUCGAUGGGCGAGAUCGCCAAGGCUUCACGCCGGCGUCGAGUGUCGCGGGUACCGUCCCGACGUCCCGGGACGACUCGAGAGUGUUUCAGAGCCCUCUGUGUCGUUCUCUUCUGAGCCACCGGGGAGUACCACCAGUGCUUUGUGGUCUCGGCCACGUGAGGUCACGCCCGGAGUAAUGCCUGGUGCUCUUGUUGCCCGCGACAGCCGCGGGCGGACGGCCGGAUGCGCCCGGGCCUCGCGCUGCUGCCGUGCAGGGUCGGUGACGGCGUGGACCCGGUGUCCCAGGUGCGCCACUUCGCGCUGGGCGGCGCCCACCUCCUGGUCGCGUGGCGCGAGAGCACGGUGCACGUGGUGGAGGCCCCCGGCCCGGAGCUCAGGCACCUGGAGAGCAGCAGGACGCACGACCCUAUGAUGCUAGAUGCGCCUGUAGAAGAUUUUCUUAGCAUCUGUGAUUCCAUUCGUUGUCUCGAUAAGGCUGGUGGCUUCUAUGAGCUGAAGCAGUCGAUUCAACAACUUCCGUCUGACAGUAUGUUCGAGGAGGACUUGUUUUCCGACGGAGAGGCGACCAUGGUGAAGCAGUUCAGGUUUGUGAAGAACCUGAAGCUGAACAAGGUGGUCAAGUUGGCAGCACUGAGCAGGGGCCUGGUGCUGAUCAAGAAACACGACAAGGGGAACGUUUUCCUCAUGAAUUUCUACACCAACGAGUUAGCCCGGAGGUUUUCCAUCACCCUCCCCGGAUUCAGCCCCCAGGACGAGGCGGACUGCUUCCUCGCUCCGUGCACGGCCGGACUGGACCCGGGACUGCGCCGGCUGCUGCUGAGGGACCCGCCCGAGGGCGACGCUGACGUGCUGUUUGCCGGCUGGGGCGGCCACGUGUACGCCAUCGCCGUCGACCUGCGCUCGCCGAGCGUGCCCGUCCUGCGGCAGGUGUACCACAGCGACCACCCCGUGACCGCUGUCCUCGUGCUGGAAGGCGCCGUGCUGGGCAUCGUGCUCUCGGUGGGCUGCGUGGUGUGCGUGGCACCGGCCGCCGGGGAGAGCCUCUGCUACACGACGGUGUACCUGCCGACGGCGGCGUGCCCCGUGCUGUGCGCCGCCGCGGGCCGCGUCGUGUGCGGGGACGGCCGGCGCCUGUGGCUGUGCCGCCUCCUGCACGGCCCCAGCCUCGAGCUGCGCUGUGCCGCGCUGCCCGUCAGGAGCGUCACUGCCGCCGCCCCCCGUCGCCGGCACCGGCGCAGUGCUGGCCGUCAGCGGGAGGGCGCGGGAGAUGGCGAGGCCGUGCUGGCACGCAGCGAGGGCACGGACCCAGUCACGGACGUCCUGCAGGCCAUCCACGAGGGCAGCGGGCGCGUGCAGCAGCUGGGCCAGCAGGUCGCCGCGGAGGACGAGCUCAUCGCGGGGCUCAACGUGGCGACGCGCGUCGACACGCUCCGGGACCACUUCGAGGUGAAGGUCACCGUGGACUGCGCCGAGGCGGUGCUGGCGCAGGGCUCGUCGAUGUUCUCGAACGUGUGGUGCGCGAACACGAAGGACUUCUACCAGGUGAACGUCGUCGUGCGUAACCUCACGCGCCAGCAGUUCCAGGCGCCCGCCUGGUCGCUGGCGGUCCGGGCGAGGGCGGGCGGGGAGACGUGCACCAGGCUGGUGUCCCUGGAGGACGGCCUGGGCGAGCACCGCCCGGUGGCGCUGCGGUUCCCGCUGGCGGUGCCGGGUGCGGGCGUCGCCUCUGUCGAGGUGCGCUGCGGCCUGGUGUCUCGCCUGCUCCGGCCGGGGCGGCCCUGGGUGCUGGUCGACGCGGGGGCCGCCUCCCUGGACGUCUCGCACUUCCUGGAGCCGAGCACGGGCCCCUUCUCGCGGCUCCUGCCGCGCCGGCGCGAGGCGGCGAGCGUGCGCGAGGACCUGGCACGCAUGGCUCACGCCAACAGCCUGGGUCCCCCGGCGGAGCCAGACUGCACCGGGCCGCUGCGGAGCGACGAGCUGAAGUGCGUGCUGAGGCUCCAGAGGCCGGUGGAGGCCAGGAGCCUGUGGAGGGCGCUCCUGGGGCAGUGCCUGCACCGCCUGCCCCCCGACCUGCGGGCCCAGUCCCUCGCUGCGACGCCGACACGCCCCCGGCCCCCAGGAUCCUGGCUCUGCGCGCCGGCCGCUGGGAGGUGACCGUGUCGCUGGACGCGAGCUGCUCCGUGGCCUCCCUGAGCUGCCGUGACCCUCGCGUCCUGCACGCCAUGAGGGCGCUACUGGCGUGCCGGCUCGCCGCGCCUAGCCGCUCCGGUGCGGU